AUGGAUCUUGUAUCCAGUAUCCGCAAGUCAGGUUCUCGCGGUGGCGUCAACUUCAGCUGGGACGAGGUCGCAAAUUCAGCACAUCGCGAAAACUAUUUGGGACAUAGUUUAAAAGCACCGGUCGGAAGAUGGCAGCAAGGGCGUGACUUGGAAUGGUACGCAAAGAACAAGGAUGCAGAUGCCGGCCCAUCGGACGAAACACCGGAAGAAAGAGCUGCUAGGGAGCGACGGGAGGAGAUCAAAAGGGUCAAGGAGGCAGAGGAGGACGCUCUUGCCCGUGCCCUAGGUUUGCCAGUUAAACAGAGAGAUCAGACUGGCGCAAACGCUAUAGAAAUUGGAAAGUCCCGUAUUGGUCCGCAAGAAGCACCUAGCAGCGACACCAAACAGCAAGAAGCGCCCGAGCGCAAGCGACACAGACGGCACGACGACUCAGAAAGACGGCAUCGUCGCCGAGAAGAAGAGAAGACGAGGGUCGCAGAGCGAGGGACGAUCGUGGCGCGGCAGGUCGAAGAGCUCCCAGCGAAGACCGUGGCUCUGAUAGACGACAACACAGGCGGUACGACGAUGACCGCCGACGGGAGGACCACGGACGGAGGAAAACAUACAGCCGAGAUCGCGGCCACGAGAAGUCGCAUCAUAGCUCUAGAAGGGAACGCUCUCGGAGCCCAAGGCCAGAGGGCUCUCAUAAGCAGGAACGGCGCCGACCACACUCGAGGGAUAGACGACGGAGCCGUAGCGUUGACGAUCGAAAGCGUCGAAGAAGUCCCUCACCAUGAUUUCGUAUUAUAG